GUGUCAGUGAAUGUUUGCUAGUGUGAGCAAAUUAUGCAAAUGUGGGCGUGCACAAUCCGCUGAGGGUGUUAGUGUGCCCGAGGGACGAGGUACGGGCGAGAGAGGCUACAGAGCUGUUGAGGGUGAACUGAAACAAGACAAGGUGUCCGUCAUAUGGAGGGCAUCUUCAAAACGUUUUGUUAGCAGAACUCCGUUAAUCACUAUGCGUACCUCCGCUUUCCCUCAGACCAACCGCUCCAAAGGGUUUUACAUCCACAGUCUCGUCACCAUGGCAACAAAGCCAGUGGCCUGGCAGGAACAGGGUACAGUCAACUCACUAGAUGAGCGGGUCGAGGAGUUCCGGGCUCAAGGUGAGGAGAGAGCAACCGUGAUCCACAACUUCCCUCUGCACGACAGAAAGCCUCCAAGGGCAGAACCUGAAGAGGACAUGGACGUCCUGGAGCCAGGAGCUCGGAACCAAACGCUCUCAAGGACUGAAACAUCCGAUGCAACCGAAUCGGAAAAUCAGGAAUCUGCGAGAAUUAGUCAGUACAUCCCCAGGAAGACACAAGAGAUGGUGACAGGAUUAAUUGCCCAGCAAUUCGAAGAAUCACAGGCUCAAGAGGAGAAGUCAGUUGACUCAGGUGAGGAUCCUCCCCUCAGUGCUUCAUCAACAGAGGAACGCUUCGAGAAAGAGAGCCGUUCCAGCCUUGAGGGGGAGGUGACUGAGAUCUUGUUGGACCCAACAGAGGCCCUUACGUCUCCUGAUAGACAGAAUCCUCAAAAUUGGCCCCCUCUUCACUCUGAGCCAUUAAAUAGAGAGGUAGAUGCAUCAUUGGAGGAGAUCACAUCAGAGGAGAAAGGCACACUGCUGAACGUCUUACAGGAUGGUUUUGACGACAGUGAACCUGAAGAUAAGGUGUCAGCGGCUGCAGCUGCUGGAUCAGAUUCAACAGCUCGCCAUUCUCCCUUUGACCGAAACUACUCAGAUGAUGUGUACACUGUUCGCUCUCCUCCUUUUGCUGAUGAGAGCGAGGAAGAACAGGAAGUGAGCAUGGAUGUUAUGUCUGGUCAACCUCUCCACCCCUCACAUUCUGCCAAUAUCUUCGUUUCCACUGAACAAGACCAAACAUCAACCCUGCCUUCAUUUCUCUCAGCCAAACAGCAGGAGGAGCUGUUUCACCAGAGCCAAAGUGAGCUUUCCCCCAGGGGAGGAAACCAGGAAGCUACACAACAGGUGCUCAGCCAGAGUUCUUCACCUUUGUCCACCGUGGCCACGGAGCCGUCCAAUCAGGGCGCGGCAGGCUCUGGUUGUGCUGUAGCUGCGAGAGAAAAACACAGCAGGGCGGGGAACAUGACUGAAGGAGGAAGCAAGCAAACAGGUGGAGGGGGAGGACAGAAAGAGAGUGGACUUGAAAGGAACAAGGCUGUUGGGCAGCAACGCGGCGGAGGACUGUUAAAAUAUUCAAAAAGAAUCCAAACGCAAAAGGUUAAGACACAAAAAGACGGCUUUGUGUCCCGUGAGCACGCCAGCAUGGAGAGUGACUCGUGUGAUGAUAGCCAGAGCGACAGUGGAGUUUCAGCGGACUUCUCCCCAUGCAGCACUUUGGAGGGCACCACCACCACCUCUACGGUCUCUCCAGAAGCUGUACCCAAAGAGACUCCCAUUGACAGAGAGAUCCGACGGGCUAUAGAGCGUGAACACAGCCUCAGGAGAUCCAGAGGGCUUCCGAAUCCACCCACUUCGCCAGAGUAUGUAAAGAUCCCUUUAAGGAAAACGUCUGAGAGGAGUGAAGGCAAAGACAGGCAGUUUGCGGGCAAAAAGAUGGAGUACGAGAUUCACAAUGACACCCAGAGGGAGCAGGAUCUGGUCAGGCUUGGGAAAGUUCCAGGCUUCUAUGACAAAGGCACGGUACGUGAAAUCAAAGAGAGGAAACAGCUUUUUGAAGCCUUUCAGAAACCCAGUGACUCAAGGUUGACUGUGUCGGCCAAGGCCAAGUCCUGGUCCUCCGCGAGUGAUAUUUCAACCCUGGACAACCAGGAGGACAUCUCAACGCAGACAUCCACCUUAAGAGGCUCAUGUGGGGAGGGGAUUCACACACAGAGCCCAAGCUUAGCCUCGGCUUGGACUCCCAGAGGACCAGGGUUCCCUGAGGGGACGACCUGUCAGAUCAUCAUCCUAGAGAGCAAUCUGAGUGCUCCAGCGCAGAAGCUCUGCCACGCCAAACCAGAGGCAGAGCCCGUUACUGUAGUCGACUCUGGACGUCCUAACACCGUAUCCUCCAGGACAGGAGGUAACAGUGGGAUUGAAAUAAAGGAGGACGGGGAUGAAGAGGCACCCAAGAAGAACCCCUUUUUCAAGCUGCGCCCCUCAACAAAUGUAAUUAAAGUGGAGCAGGACAUCCGGGAGGCUCAAGAGAGGGAAAAGGAGCUUCACAAGCAGAGGGUCCUUGUGUACGGGGGCACAGCAGAGCGGAGAGGAGGAGGGAGGCCGGUCGCCACGCUGUCUCUUUCUUCGUCACUGAAUGAACUGCCUGUUCCUGACUUACCUGGCUCGUCAUCCAACGGGGGAACGAGACCUACAGCAGCCCGCCAUUCAGUUGGCAAGUUAGGCCAGUGGCCCCCGUGCCAGGCUGAAGAGGAGAGGAUUUACCGGCCAGAGGUCGGCCAGAGUCCCCGGAGCCCGAGACAGAAGACCCCUCUGGUGCAUCGCUGGGAGUCAGGCCUGGUUAACGGACACAACUUGGAAGACGACUGAGGAGCCGUUAAUGGAGCAAAACACUGGAGUAGGGAGGAAAGUUAACCGAGAACUAUAGUUUAUUUUUAAGUAGAGGGCUGAAAGUAAGAUUUACAAAAAGGAGAACAGUGUAAGGAAGCAUACUUGAGGAGGAAAGAAAAUUUGAAGCGAGAAAGAGGUCAGGCAUUGAGGCUACGAAGGGGGUCAGGAGGAUUGGGAGCGAGGAAAAGGAUUGACAAUGGAUUAAAAACCCUGAAUAGUCCUUUAUCGAGGAGGAGGAGGAGGGCCACCUAUUUGUGGAUAAACCCUUGGCUUGUUUCUGGUGCUGGAAAAACUCUGAGACUAAUGAAUGUAAAAACGCAAAUAAAUAAAUAAUAACUCUGCACUGGAGAGAAGGAAAAUGUAAAUUUAGUAAGAAUGGGAUUUUCGAACGUUAAUGAAGUUCUUUAUCAUUUGGAUUUUUUGAAUAUUUUUGGAGUUAUUAGUUGAUGAAACUAGCUUGAGUGAAACAUUUUCCAGCUCGAAUAACAAUGCAUCAUCGUUGAUUUUAUGCCUUCAGCAAUGUCUUACCCCGAGUUACUUGUUUAUUACACCUGUACAAACUAAUGCAGUACUACCAUAAAAAAUGAGCCAUGCAAUAAAUCCCACCUUUGUGUA